AUGAUGUUAGAAAGCAUCGGAAAAAGAAGCACUCGAUAUGAAUUCGAUCAUGCAGGAGGUGAUAAUCAUCUUUCACAAGGAACAUAUUCCAUCAACGAAAGAGAUCAUCUGAAUGUGGAAAUGGCUGAAAAAAGAGAAGCUGAUCAAAAAGAGCAUCGCUAUUUUGGUGGUUUGAUUGGGAAUAAGGAGGUUUUCAUUGCUUCUGGUGUGGCUCUCUGUAUGUAUCUUGUAAAUGGGGAGUAUGCUCAGGCAAUUUGCACUGCUCUAACUUCUGUGCCUCCUGCAGUUUUCUCCUAUCGAGUCCUUAUCAACCAGCAGACUACCAAGCAGGGAUAUCACACAAUCCUUUUUUAUUGGACAAUUUACGGCCUCAUUGCUCUUAUCGAUCAAUUCGUUGGAACUGCUCAAGGAUACAAUUUGUGCAAAGCCGGUCUGCUCAGUGUGAUCUUCUUCCAUGCAAUUCGUUCGAACGCCGAAUCCAUCCCACCUUCGUGGAAAUUCCUAGAUCAAGCCAGUGUUGAUGUUCUCACAACCUUACUCACAAGAUACGAUUCAAACGGCUUUCUAGCCAAUAACAAUUCAGAAUGUAAUCCAAGAACUCCAACAAUGACCCAAUUCAGUGACGAUUCUCUGCAAUACUUGUUCCCAGAGUCUCAAAUCUCUGAAACGAAUAAAGUGGAGAUCAGCACUGCGUGUAGCUUUGUUCCAUCAUUGGAAAUGCAGAGUACUCAACGGGCAUCUGCGGAGUCUGGAUACAUUCAGAAGUCCAACUCUACUUCAUUGAAAACUAUGAUGAUGGAAGAGUACGAAUCAUCGAAUGGGAACCACACUUCCAUCAAUAAUGAAAUCAACUUCAAAUCUAUGUCAGCUAUGACGAUGACCUCUGGUGAAACUAGCGAUGUUGUUACGUUCCCGGCGGACCGUAUUACUUUCUCUGCGAAUAGUCGAGAAGCAACUAUUCAGGUUACUAAUGUCUCUCCAUCUCAUUUGAUGUUUGCUCUCAAGACAAAUGCUGACACAUAUCUCAUCGCUGCUCCGACUUCUGGAGUUCUCUAUAGUGGUCAAAGCAUGACGAUUCGUGUUGGAGUGACUGAGCAAUACUUCGAGGAAUACACUCACCCCGGUGGUUCUAUCGAUAAACUGGCUUUCGAUUACACUGUCAUCUCUGGUUCGGACUCAUCGAAGUAUUCCAACUUCUCACCAAACUUUUUCCAAUCUCACUCCAAACGUCGCCUCGCAAUUCGUGUCUACUACCAAUAA